CACAAAAGCUUGCAUCAGCUUGAGAUGACAUAUACGAACUUCUUCUCAUUAAAAAAUUGUUUUGGGAGUAGUUUUGAGGGUGAAGAAAGCUUCAAAGUAUUGACAUGGAUAUUGAUGAGAUCUACUCUCAUAUUGGGGAGUUUGGUCCCAUGCAAAAGAAGUAUGUCUUUGGGAUUUGUUUAUCAAGUUUGUACACUGCAUUCAUAAAUUUAAAUCUGGAAUUUGCUGCAUUUACACCAGAAUUUUCAUGCUAUCCAAAAGAUGGUGGCUCUACACCACUUCUCAACAGAUGUCCAAACAAUGAAAUAUCAAAGUGUGUUGACUUCAAGUAUCACUCAAAUUACACAACAUUGGUUACAGAGUGGGACCUGGUGUGCGACCAGGCGUACCGGGCCAAGGCCAGCCAGUCGGUAUACAUGGCCGGCCUGAUGCUGGCUGCUCCUCUGAUGGGGCCGCUGGCGGACAGGAUCGGCCGCCAGCGCACCAUGUUCCUGUAUCUGCUGAUGCUGAUCGCCUGCCUGGGAGGCAGCAUGGCGGCGCCCACCUACGAUAUAUUUGUGUUGCUUCGAUUCGUCUCGGGCUGCGUCAUGAUCGGCGUGAUCCUCUCAUCAUUCGUGCUGGUUUCUGAGCUGGUGGGCGGUGCUCAGCGGGCGUUUGUCGGCAACCUCAUCAGUGCCACGUUCGCGCUGGGCAUACCGGCACUAUCAAUGUCUGCGGCGCUGGUACAUAGCUGGCGUCAACUGUACCUGCUCAUGAUGGUGCUCGGAUGCUGCUACUGCACACUCUACUUCUACAUCCCGGAGAGCCCGCGCUGGCUCCUGCUGAAGGGCCGCCCGGAGGCAGCACUGCGUAUCCUGCAGCGCACGGCCCGUGGUAACGGAGUCCCUCUCCCGGCCGGCACUACACUGCGAGCACCGGCCGGUCGGCCCGCCGCCGGAGCGGGCCCCCCGGCCGAGGGCGUCACAUCGCUGUUCAAGUACCGCAAGGUGGCCGUCUGGACACUGAUCAUGAUGUUUUCUUGGUUCGUCAACAACCUGUGCUACUACGGGCUGACGGCGGCGGCUGCCACCAUGGGCAGCGAUCGCUUCUCCUCGGUGGCCCUCAGCGGCCUUAUCGAGCUGCCCGCCUACGUCAUCGUGGCCCUCGUCCUCAACAGGUUCGGAAGACGGAUGCCGCUGUGCGCCUUCAUGCUGCUGGGUGGCGUCUGCUGUCUGUCCAUCGUCGGCCUGCCGCGGCGGGACGAAAUGUCACACGUCAGGAUGAUGCUGGGGCUCAUUGGCAAGCUGUGUGUGUCGGCCAGUUUUUCGGUUAUCUUCAUCCACUCGGGGGAGAUUUUCCCGACGUCGAUCCGAAACACGGGCUACGGCUUGGUUAACGUGUUCGCUCGGCUCGGCGGCAUCUGCUACCCGUUCAUGGCACUGCUGAACGAUAUAUACCCGGACCUGCAUUUCGUCGUGUUUGGUGGUCUGGCGGCCGGCUCAGGUCUACUCAACCUCAGUCUACCGGAGACGCUGGGCCGACCUCUACCAGAAACGGUAGAGGAACUGGCGGGUACAGAACGCUCCACCGAGAUGUAUUCUCCACUGCGACACGUAGAAGAAGAUGAUGAAGGGGGCAGUGAUGGCGAGCUACCGUCGACCGGACGAAAACGGUCUGUCAAGGCUGUGUGAUGGCCAUGGCAGGGAGAAGGGAAGGUGAAGGACAGGAAAGGGUUUUGGUUUGUUUGGUUAGGAAUGGAGAAACGGGUGCGAAAUGUUUGCCGUCCGUAUGAAGUGUUCUCCGUUGGAAGGCGUAUUGUUGUGAGGUGUGAUCAGAGUUAUUGUUAGUGAAUUAUCGUGAAGCUGUGCAGUUCUGUGGUGUCUCGAUAAGUAGGAAUAGAAAGGAAAACAUCCUUUUUGCCAAAUUCAAAUCAGUUGAUAUCGAAAGGAUUCGUAAAAUCAACCCUAUUAUAAACAAAUGCAAGGCUUAAAAUUCCAAUUGCCAAAACUAUCGAAAUCAGUUUUGUGUCAGGUAACCAAAAAUUCGAUAACCCAUAAGUAGAGUUAUUAAGUGGCAGUGGCGGCGGAAGGUAUUCUAGGAUAGGGGUGCAAACGAUAUUGAAGCGCCCCUUCCCGCUGGGCGCCCCUUACCAUGCCGAUGGCCGUCCCUGCACUGGAAAAUCAGUUUCGCCCCUAUACAGGCGCCCAUAGAAGUUUGCAGAGUGCUAUUCCUGGUCAUAAUCAUCUCCCCAGUAAAAAAAAAAAACGCAAAAUACGCCCUAGCACUAGGGGUGUAACCGCCCAUACGGACAGUGCAAUUUUACAGGCCCCAAUCUCGGACCUCCCUUAACAUUCAUAUGUUGUAAACGGCAAACCGCCCCCGAUAAAUGUUACACAAACAAAUUUCCUCUCGCAUAUCGGCCAUCAGGCGCCCCUUUUUGUCGCAUGGAGCCUGCAACGCUAUAAGCCCUCAUAUGUUCGUGUUGGCGUUCGGAGGCUAUCGCCUUCAAAGACGUCUCCAUAAAUGUUUCUUUUUCGUCCCACACACAGGCGCCCCUCUUUCGCAUGCAGGCGCCCCUCUUCCGCAUGGCGCGCUUCUCGAGUAGCUGCGCCCUCCUAGCCUUUAUCGCCUGGCAAGAUUAUAUUCGACAGGGUCGGCAGCAUCUGCCUUUGUUUCAGAUAAGGAUGCCCUCCACUCUUCAGCAUAUCAAAAGAUACUUUUCCCACGUCAUUGCCACCCUCUUCGUGUCACAAGUGCCUUUAUCAGUUGCGGUGUCGCCUCGCACUGCUCAGCUUUAUGGCUGCCGCACCUCUUAACUUCCUGCCUCCUCUACAGAUUUUCGAGGCGCCCCUUUCCAUAGCUUUAGGGUGCAGCUGCCCCCCUUGCCCCCCUGCUUCCGCCGCCACUGUUAAGUGGUUGAAAUUUUGCUACUGAAAUUUGUAUAUUGAGAAGAAAGUAUCACCGCUGAGUGGAUUAGACCGCUAUUUUCUCGCUAUUUUCCAUACAUUUUACAACGGUUUUGUGCUAGAGCCUCUUAGAGGUCAAAGUUCGGUAGGACUAAGAGCUGGACGGAGGUUUUGUGAGCAGUUCUCGGUAGAAUGUGACCGUCCAACCCACACGGGCCUCAGCUGCCUCAAUGCUACGGCCCGGCCCCCGCGUGCGGCGCACCGGGCAAAACUGAUACCACUUAUUAGUCAUUCCAGACUGGUAGUUGUGUUACAUUUUAGCCGUUCCCUCGUUCCCUGGGUGUAGUGAGUUUAUGAAGUGGAAUCUGCUGCAUGGUCGAUAGGAGGUACUUACGAUACGAGCUGUGUAUAAUCUUCCAGCCUGAGUACUGGACUGACAGACCUGGAAAAAUAUUUUAUGGUCCGAAAUAGAUAGAAUAUAUCAGUCUAUUUGAGUAGCACUCUAUUUGAGUAGUAGGGAGAGAUGGGUAGGAUUUCUCAUGCUCUCUUUGAAUGGGUAGAAGCUUUUAUGGUUUCUUGGGUACCUAAGGAGGACAUGAAUCGAAUAUUCCAAACGAGUAGGGUUUGUCGUGCACGUUGUUCUUUGUUUAUAUUUAUUUGAAAGUGAAGCAUGUCCACGGUUUAUUUUUAAACAUUAUGUUUUCAUCUAUUGUUCUCUCCUUGAUGUGAUGUAGAUUCAUGUCACUACAUAUCUAGCAUAAAUAGCUAUUUUUCCUGAAAACUUUAUCAGCAUGUUUUGUUUAUUUACCUUGACCCUAUAGAUAAAUCUUAGUGAAUUUAUUUGCACAUUGCUCUUAUCUUCAUGUGCUCGAAAUUAUCACACUGUGCUGCAUUUUGUAACACGUAUUUUAAUUCCAUAGCAUCCUGAUUGAUGUCUGAUGUUGACGCUGUCUUUGGUGUGGUGUAUGGUGCUUCAUCCUAGCGACUGAACGGUGUCUACCGCAUGUCCGCUGCAAAUGUUACGUGGGUUUUGUCCUGCUAGGUUAAAAGGGACGAAGGGCUGUGUGCGACUUGGUGUCAGUGGUCUUCCGUGUAGACUGCGGCAGGAUGCUUCAUUUCGGAGUAUCGAUCUAUCCCAUGGCUUCCGUUGAAUGACGAACAGAGUUUAAAUGUGGGGUCGACCCCUGAGCGUUGCUCAGUGCUCACGUUUAGUGUGGUAUACUUGCAAGCAUAUCCGAGGCUAAAACGGCGACCCGAAUGGGUCAUCUGAACGGUCGUCGGUUGUUACCGUACGUCGCCGUCCGCCGCUCCCGUCGAACAGGGCGUCAUUGGCGAGCUGUCGGUGUGUGGUGCAUGGACUCGUUCGGUGAGAAAUACAACGAAUUUUUAUA